UAUUACUCCAUGAAAAAAAUCUCUUUUGUCUUUCUAGAAGAAAUAUCAUUGCAUCAACUACAGAAAUUAGUGGUCUUCCUUCUAACUCAAUUUCUCGAUCGUGAGACCACAAACGCAUACUCAGAAACACACACACACACUAUGGGAAAAGGAGGCGGCGGAGAAGACGCAGUUAUGCUUCCAUUGUUUGAGACAAAAGAAGCAAGAUUUAGAGGUGCAUAUAAGGUGUUUGCUUUCACAGUCUUUGUUGGUAUAUGUUUGAUAUGGGUUUACAGAUUGACUCAUAUCCCAAGAGCUGGAGAACAAGGGAGAUGGGCUUGGAUUGGUAUGUUCAUGGCUGAGCUAUGCUUUGGUUUGUACUGGAUACUCACUCAGUCUUGUCGUUUUAAGGUUGUUUAUAAUCACCCUUUCAAGGAAAGACUCUCAAACAGAUGCAAAGACAAGUUACCAAGUGUUGACAUUUUCGUGUGCACAGCAGACCCUAAGAUGGAGCCACCAACUAUGGUGAUCAACACUGUCCUAUCAGUCAUGUCAUACAAUUAUCCACCUGAGAAGUUAAGUGUUUAUCUUUCUGAUGAUGGUGGGUCAGAUUUGACAUUCUAUGCUCUCAUCGAGGCCUCUAAUUUCUCUAAGCAUUGGAUACCCUUUUGUAAAAAAUUUAAUGUCGAACCAAGAUUCCCAGGUGCCUACUUCUCCCAACAAAUUGACGUUCAUGACAUAAAAUAUGCCCAAGAAUGGUUGGCUAUCAAGAAACUAUACAAACAAAUGGAAAAUCGGAUUGACUCGGCUAUUGAAAUGGGAGAGAUUCCAAAAGAAAUAAGGGACCAACACAAAGGAUUUUCAGAAUGGAACUCCAAAGUAACAAAGCAAGAUCACCAGUCAAUUGUGAAGAUUAUGAUUGAUGGAAGGGACGAAAAUGCGGUUGAUAUAUAUGGAGGGCGAUUGCCAACGCUAGUGUACAUGGCACGAGAAAAAAGACCCCAAUGGUCUCACAACUUCAAAGCUGGAGCUAUGAAUGCACUGAUAAGAGUGUCGUCUAAGAUAAGCAAUGCCCCUUUUAUCCUCAACUUGGACUGUGACAUGUAUGCAAAUGAUGCAGACAUAAUACGAGAGACACUAUGUUUUUUCAUGGAUGAAAAGAAAGGCCAUGAGAUCUCUUUUGUGCAAUUUCCACAAAAUUAUGACAAUAUUACCAAGAAUGAUAUUUAUGCGUGUUCUAUUUCGGUAGCUAAUAACGUUGAGCUUGUUGGUAUAGGUGGAUAUGGUGCAGCCCUGUAUUGUGGCACUGGAUGUCUCCAUAGAAGAGAAAGCCUUUAUGGUAAAGUAUAUUCUAAGGAUUAUGGAGGAGAAUUGAAUGUAGAAUUCAAAACAAAUGCAGAUAAAGCUGUUAAUGAAUUAGAAGAAGUUUCAAAAUUCCUUGCUAACUGUAACUAUGAGAAAGACACUCAGUGGGGGAAAAAGAUGGGAGUGAUUUAUGGGUGCCCGGUUGAAGAUGUUGUAACUGGCUUGGCUAUCCAAUGCAGGGGCUGGAAAUCACUUUAUUAUAAUCCAAAUAGAAAGGCCUUCCUGGGUGUUGCUCCAACUACCUUAGAUGUAGUUCUUGUUCAACAAAAGAGGUGGUCUGAAGGCAUGUUUCAAAUAUUUUUCUCCAAAUAUUGCCCUUUCACAUAUGGGCAUGGCAAGAUAAAAUUGGGUGCCCAAAUGGGAUAUUGUAUGUAUCUUUUAUGGGCUCCAAUUUCCUUCCCAACACUCUAUUAUGUGAUUGUUCCUCCUCUUUGCCUGUUUCAUGGAAUUUCCUUAUUCCCCCAGGUUGAAAGCAUAUGGUUCUGGCCCUUUGCCUAUGUUUUUGUAGCCAGGAAUGCUUGCAGCAUAGCUGAGGCCCUCAGUUGUGGGGAUACACUCAAAGCUUGGUGGAAUGGGCAGCGAAUCUGGUUGAUCCGAAGAACUACUUCGUACUUUUUCGGGUUCAUUGACACCAUUAGCAGGCAAUUAGGCCUAUCAGAAACAACAUUUGCUAUCACAACUAAGGUAGUUAUAGAAGAUGUGUUGAAGAGGUACGAGGAAGAAGUCAUAGAGUUUGGAAGCUCAACCAUCAUGGUUACGAUUAUAGCAGUGUUGGCAUUACUGCACAUCUUCAGCUUAAUUGGGGGAAUCAAAAAGAUUUUUCUUGAUUUGGAGUUCAUAAAAUUAGACCAAUUGAUCUUGCAUGUUAUUCUUAGCUUGCUACUUGUCAUGAUCAAUAUACCAGUGUACCAAGCACUCUUCAUCCGCAAUGAUGAGGGUCGUAUACCAUCCUCAGUUUUGUUAAAAUCUGUUGUUUUAGUUUCACUAGCUUGUUUGAUACCUAUAGUUUAGUAGCCAUGCAUUUGAUGUACGAUUAUAGCAACAUUGACAUUACUACACAUCUUCAGCUUAAUUGGGGGAAUCAAUAAUGUUUUUCUU